CAUACGAUUGGACGAUCGCGACAACAUGGCGGUUGGGCAGGAACGGAUUAGACGGAAAACGGGCCCCAUGUUGUAAAUAUUAAAGUGAUUUUUAAUUUCAGUAUUUGGGCCAACCUUGGAGUGUCAUAGGCCGCGCCGCCAGCCUCUACACGGACCCUUUCAUCCUAAUAUCGGGAACUUUAACUUCUUAUUCGCUUAUGGGGAAGUUGAUGAGAUAUGGAAGGAUUAAUAUUUUGGAAGAGUACGUUUCCAGGCUUUUCCGAGUGCUUCCAACGUUUGCCGCUUUGAUCGCUUUUUGUACUUUGAUCCUGCCGUGGGUCAGUUCCGGGCCUCUGUGGAAUCAAGUUAUUACGCACCACUCGACCAUCUGCAAGAAGUACUGGUGGAGAAAUUUGCUCUUCAUCCACAAUUACUACGGGUUUAAGGACAUGUGCCUGACGCAUACACACCACGUGGGCAUCGAUACACAACUGUUUUUCCUUUCACCAACUUUGGUACUUUUGUUGUGGAAGUGGCCAAAGAAGGGGGCUUACAUUUUGGGCUUCAUAGCACUACUUUCGACCGUUUUGCGGUACUACGUCACCUACUCGAUGGAGCUGUCCAACUAUGUCCACUUUGGGACUUCGAUAAAGCAACUGUUUGCCACCGCCGACAACAUGUACAUCCUCCCAAUUCACAGGGCGACAGUGUACAUUAUUGGAAUUUUUACCGGUUACGCCAUGAGGAAAUAUAGACACGCGACAUUUACGAAGAGUCAGUACCGAAUCGCGUGUCACGUUCUCUUCAUAGGUAAUUGCUUGGCUUUCUUCAGUCCCGCCUUCAUGGGUAGCAUCGAUUACGUGUACAACCCGACGCAUGCGGCAUGGUACGCAGCCAUCUCGCCCAUUUUAUGGUCCGUCGGGUUCAGCUGGUUCAUUUUCGUGACACACACUGGCCACUCGGGUUUCUGGGAAAGCAUAUUUUCGUGGGCGCCCUUCUCCCUUUGGACGAAAAUUUCCUACACCGUGUACUUGAUCCAGUUCCCGGUGUUCUUCUACAACCUAGGAGUCAACAGGAGUACGCAACACUAUGGCUUUUUCAGCAUGUUACUCAACUUGCAAGAGCAAGUCUGGAUAGUAGGUCUAGCUAUAGUUCUAACUCUCCUCAUCGAGAUGCCUUUCCAAAACAUCCGGAGCAUCAUCUUCAAGAAGAAACAAAUGUCUGUCGAGCCUCCGCCUCAGAAGAAAGUCACCUGAUUGUUCAUUAGUAUGUAUUUAAUUUAUUGUAUCGUAAGUUAAAUAGGUUAAGUAAUAAAGAGUCAUUUUUUGAUAA